UAUAUAAAGCAUCCCCCUUCUUGUCCGUUUCCGUUUCCAACUUCCCCCAGUCCAAAUCCCUCCUCUCUCUCUCUGCGUUUCUUCGAAGUUUUCCGCUCUCGAUUCCAUCGCAGAGUCUCGCCUGGUGCUUCCACGAAGGUACGUACUUCUCCAAUUUCGCUGCUUUUUCCUUUUCUCCCCAUCGAAACCCCCUUAUUUCUACCUCUAUUUUUUUCACUAUCGGAUCGAAUUCUCGCGGAUAAGGGAAGAGAGAGAGGGAAGUGUAAUAUUAUAUCGCAUGACGAGCGCUUCGGAGCUGUUCUACACCAGGAGGUCGUCGCGCCUGAACCCCCGCAACAGUCUCGACCUAGAGCUUGACGGUGAUCGAAUUUUCCACCACCACAGCCUCGGCAACGGCAGCACUCGCCGACACCACCACUUCCACCACCAUCACUCAACCCUCCAAAAUCACAGCAACAGCAUCAACAACAAUACUCGUCGCGAUCAUCGUCACGAUGCGGACGGCUGUGAUCCCCUCCGUCGAUCCCCCCUAGUCAGGCAUCAGCCUUCUCCUCGCCCUUCCGCUUCGGAGCGCGAUACAGUUCCUCUUGAAGAAGGAAGCAACCAAUUAUCCUCUGGAAACAUCAUCAAUUUGGACAAUUUGGGUGGCAUACCGAACAGCCAUAGAUUAAACGGGAAUGACAGGCUUCCUGGAGCUGUACUACUUGCAAGGGAAAGGCUACUUGAGAGAUUGAGAAGUGUGUCUCUAUCAAGAAACAGGCGAAACAAUAGGGCUUCACCAGCUUUCAAUCGCACCGAUCUCAUAUUAGGAGACGACUAUAGCCUCAUUGAUGCAGGGGAUUGGGAGACUGACAAUUCGGGUGAGUGGCUAGCCGGAGGCCCGCUCAUCACUGACUCAGCACCUCAAAUAGAGCAGCUGUUAGUGCCGCCACAACGAACAACCAAGAGACCUCCUGGGCUCACUCAGGUGGAACUCAACUGUUUACAGCUGGAGGUUUUCAAUCAAUCCAAAUGCAGUGUUGAAGGGGAAAUUUUGCGGGCAUCACGCGAAUGCAGUAUCUGUCUAGAGAGUUUUGUGGAAGGAGAUGAGCUGAUGUGUUUGCCAUGUGCGCAUAGGUUCCACUCCAGUUGUUUGGAUCCCUGGGUUCGGACUUGUGGGGAUUGCCCAUACUGUCGAAGGGGCGUAGUUUAUAAGUAACUUGCCGUGUAUAGAGCGAUGAACAAACUUAUACGCCUUCCGUGGGAUGUUUUUUUGUAUCUGGGUUUUGAGUUUUGGAACUUCACCUGAGAGUGCUGUUGACUAUAAAUGUAAACUUUCUCCUUUGUCUUAAUUUAGUUGCAACUCAGGACGAAGCCAAAUGCAACUGAAAUCCUCAACUUUUGGCAUUUAAUGAAAUUGGUUUCUUUCUCA